GCGCAGGACCGACUGGCGCCCAGUCUGCAGUGCGAUGGUUACUUCGAUUGCCCCGACGAGAGCGACGAGUCUGCAUGCGACGGCUGCGCCGUGGACGAGUUCUCGUGCUCGUCCCAUCCAGCGCUGGGGGGACGCUGCGUGCCACGCCGACUGCGCUGUGACGGCAAGGAGGACUGUACCAACGGCCGAGAUGAGCAGGCCUGCCUCCAUCUCAGCAGUGACGUCACGCCUCGACAGGUGUACCCCCUGGUGGUCAACUACGGAUUCAUGCAUCGUCAAAUAUCCGGCAAAUGGCUUCCUGUAUGCUACAACGGCCAAGACAUGCAGCUCUACGCCAUUGAAGUUUGCGAGCAGAUUGUCGGGAGAUACACCAUCGGCACGGCUUCGUCCGGGCCGCGCACGUACCGGCCGGGCUACGACGGACCGUUCGCCGAGCUGGGCGGGACGUUCUCCGAGGUGGCCGCGUGCCGGACCGGCUCGGCCGUGUUCGUCAAGUGCCCGCCGCCAGAGUGCGGCCACAGCGCGGGGCAGCAGACCUCCGGCAGGUCACGGGAGCCGCGCAGCCAGCCGGAGUGGUUGGCCGCCGCUGAGACCCGUCUGACCGUGGGGCAAGAGCUGACCUUCGACGCGGCCGACUUCGACCUGCAGACUCCGCCGCCGCCGCCGAGGCUGCCGCCGCCGCCCGCGGACAUACCGGAGGACGUGGAGGUGUUCCAGCCGGUCGUGAGGCGGGGGCACCGCGGCGAGCGGCCGCCGGGGCCGGCGGCACGCGACCACGACGGUCGGAUCGUGGGCGGCGCUCGCAGCGCACCCGGCCGCUGGCCCUGGCUGGUGGCCAUCUACAGGGACGGCGUGUUCAGCUGCGGCGGCAGCGUGCUCACCGCCCGCUGGGUGUUGUCGGCCGCCCACUGCUUCCAGAGGUUCGAGAGAUACCGGUACGAGAUUCAGGCUGGCAUGCUUCGCAGGCAGAGCUUCGCUCCAUACGAACAGUCUCGCUUCGCAAGUCACAUCAUCAUCCAUCCGGACUACAACAGGCGGAUCUACUCGAACGACCUAGCGUUGGUGCGGCUGUCGCGGCCGCUGGCGCUGACCCAGUGGAGCGCGCCCGCCUGCCUGCCCGAGGCCACCGACGUCCUGGCGCCGGGCACGCGCUGCACGGUGGUCGGCUGGGGCCAAGUCGAUCAGGGCGGCCCCGAGGUCGAUGACAUGAUGGAGGUGGAGCUGCCGGUGCUGUCCUACUGCCCCGAACGCUACGACAACAUCACCAUCGAGAUCUGCGCCGGGCCCCUGGAGGGCGGCAAGGACUCCUGUCAGGGCGACAGCGGCGGGCCCCUGCUCUGCAGGUCGGCAGACGGCCGGUGGAAGCAGCACGGCAUCGUGUCCCACGGGCGCGGCUGCGCGCUGCGUAACUCCCCGGGCGUGUACACGCGGGUCUCCUACUUUCGGCACUGGAUCGACCGGUUCACAGCCGUGGACACUGCCGGCGCCGACCGGUUUCCGAAGCAGCGCUGCCCGACGCGACUGUGCCACCUGAGAGGCGGCAUGUGCCUGACCGAGUCCCAG